AUGUAUGAGCUUCUGCCAAAUUCAGGGUUCAAUUUGCUAGGCACCUACUUCGAAUGGAGUCGCGAGCAGCCAUUCGCUUACACGAAAUGCCAUUACCCCCUGGCCUGCAACCUCACCACAAACGAUAAGGUGCCACUCGGCAGUUGGAAGAAGUCCGGUUCCAACCUAGACCAGGCUUUAGAGGUUGGAAUAUCUGGUGGGUACGGUUCGAAGACUGAUCUGGAGUUUUAUGCGCAAGGCCAAAACUGGUCUCUCGACAUGAAAGAGGGCCAGUGCGGCUACUUCACUUUCAUUCCCGUCAAGAAGAUCACAUGCACGUCCAAGAAAGACGGUGCCAACCACAAAAUGAACUACUGCGUCGACCAGCUCUGGAACAUCAAAGACAAAACCAGCGGCAAGGAGGUACCCGAUGGCAUCACCAUCUUCGUCCACACGAACUGCAGCACGCGUGAGCCGCUGGCCAUGGAGAAGCAGGACCCAGCGUAUGCCGCACCCGGCGUGGCCCUUGACAAGGAAAGGAUCCAGAAGGUCCAGCAGGAUCGGGUCUGGAACUCGUGUAGCUUCGCUUGGUUCCAAGAUCAGAGGAAGCUCAAGGUGUUUAUUCGUGGCGGCGGAUUCCGCGAUGACAAGCUUGCAUCUGACGGAGACAAACUCUCCUCAGCGAUUAUCAAGUGUAGCGGCGACGCCGGUAUAUCUGACUCGAUGUUUCAGUGGUUCUAUAACGAUUACUACCGGUUCAACACCAAAUUUUCUGAGCCUAGACCGAAGGAGGUGGGUGCUUCCUGGAUCUUUUCGGCGAUAGUGCCGGCGAAAACUAGCCCCAAGUGCGUCGGGGACGCACUCGUGGGCAUGGGAGGCUUCAAGGAUCAGUGUGUUGAAGAUGAGCAUUCUGUCAAUGGUAAGAAGGUCUCGGAGGUGUAA